AUGACUUUAUAUGCUUGGGGUGCUAACAGUUAUGGCCAAUUAGGACUGGGACAUAAAUCCGAAGAGGAGAUUGAACCUAAAAAGGUGAAACUGAGUGAUACUGACUUAAAAGCCGAAAAUAUCGUGUCUAUAGCCGGGGGAGCUGUUCAUACACUCAUUCUUGAUAACAAUGGAUAUGUGUACUGUUGCGGCUACAACUCCAAGGGCCAGUUGGGAUUGUCCGACGACACUCUCAAAUUUUCGCAGAUCGAAAUUCUGAAGGGCUUCAAGAUUGUCCAGAUAUCUUGCGGCUGGGAUUUCAGUGCCGCAAUAUCCGACUGCGGGAAGCAAUUCGUAUGGGGUAACAAUGGAAACACCCAGUUAGGUUUGUCGAAGAGCAUUACUUGCACAGGUAUUCCCUCUAGGCUGCAGGUUUCACAGAAACUUGCCACCGGUUUCAAGCAUGUCAGUUGCGGGCUUCGUCAUUCUGCCAUGAUAACAAAAGACGGAGGUCUUUUGGUCGCCGGUACCGGAGCUAAGGGCCAGUUGGGUUUGGGGGACAACUUUGACGACAACAACUACUUAAGUAUAUCCAAGGUCCCUGAAAUUGAGGAUGUCAUAAGCUGCGCCAGUGGGCAGCACCAUACGGUGAUGCUCAAAGAAGACGGUACUGUUAUGAGCUGGGGGGAGAACAAAUACGGGCAGCUUGGAAUCAGCAACAACGUUUCCAACAGUUUUGUCCCCAUGGAGGUUUUCAGGGAUGAAAGCUUGGAAAAGGUGUAUGCUGGUUGGACUCACAGUGCAGCUUUGACCAAGAACGGCGAAGUUUAUACUUGGGGAAGGAACAGUUACGGCCAGUUGGGGACAAGCAGAGAGGAGCUCCACAAGCCUGAAAAAGUCCCAGAUCUCACUGAAAUUGCUCAGCUAAGUCUAGGAUCUGAACACAACUUGGCGGUUACCAAAGAGGGCAAACUCUUGGCGUGGGGAUGGAACGAACACGGAAGCUGUGGCACUGGUGAUAAAAAGGAUGUUAUGAAGCCUACACAAGUGUUAUCUAAUCAUAAAGUUAAGUUGGCUUUUGCUUGUACUGGUAGUUCUUUUGCUGUUGUGGAAUAG